AUGAUUGAUCUUAUCAGUGGGACACCUUCCGUAGAAUGUGUGGAAAGGAACAGUAAAAUCGCCAGUGGAGAUGAGAGGAGGAGAGUGAUGGGUUCACCUGGGCCCCUGGCAGCAGUUGGGCGGCCAGAGCGAACACCCGGUGUGUUGGGUGCUGGUGGAGGCUCCCACUGGGGUAACUGGUGGAAGGGCUGGAAACUCUCCAGCUUGUUUGCUUCGGUCAUGAGCGGAACUGGUUUUGUGUAUGAUAGCCGAAAUAAUUUACAGAUGCGAGGUUUGGUCGUAUUGCUGAUUUCCAAAGCUGCUGGACCCAGCACGGCAGAACUCUCUUUUCAGCACAACAUGGUCAGUGGAAUUUAUUCCAGUCAAAGAAGUCUGGCUGAGAUUACUGAACUGAUCCACACUGCCUUUCUGGUGCAUCGUGGCAUAGUGAACAUCGGUGAGCUCAAGUCGUGCGACGGCCCGCUGAAGGAUAUGCAGUUUGGAAAUAAAAUGGCUGUUUUGAGUGGAGAUUUUCUUCUCGCAAAUGCUUGUACAAGCCUUGCGCAGUUACAAAAUACCAAGGUUGUGGAACUCAUUUCUAGUGCUAUUGGUGACUUAGUUCAAGGUAUAUAUUAUGAAAACUCAAAAUCAUCUGAG